CAAGCGUACGCGAACGCCCGCGAAUCCGGCCUUGCGCGAACGCCCUCCGUCCAGCCGUCCCAGCCGCAGUUUCAUAACAAACAUGGCCUCGGUUGCCACUGCGACGGUGCGGGCCGUGAAGGGCAGGAGGCUCAUUCCCACGAGAGCGGCGCUCGUCUUGACCCAAAAUGCUGUUCACAAGGUUAGAGAGCUACUGAACAGAAAUCCAGAAGCUGUGGGUCUGAAGGUUGGUGUGCGACAGAGAGGCUGUAAUGGGCUGAGCUACACAUUGGACUAUGCUAAGGAAAAAGGAAAAUUUGAUGAGGAAGUUGUUCAAGAUGGAGUGCGAGUCAUCAUUGACAAGAAAGCGCAGUUGACUUUAUUAGGGACGGAAAUGGAUUAUGUACAAAACAAAUUGUCAUCUGAAUUUGUUUUUAACAAUCCAAAUAUAAAAGGAACUUGUGGUUGUGGUGAAAGUUUUUCCAUUUAGUAAAAUUAGUAAGUGUAAUUACAUUAAUAAAUACAAGUGUAGGAAAUAUAUAGUGUGAAAAAUAUUUUUUUUCUUUAACAAAUUUCUAAUGUUGUUCAUUUGUGUUUUAAACUGGUCUUGUCCAGUAUGUAACCCAACAAAGGCCAGAGGCCUUAUGUCUACCUAAUGCUUUGACAUUUGUACGUUUUGUACAUUGUGAUGUAAAUCAUCCUUGUAUAAUAAUACAGAACUCAGAUAUAGGCAACAAUCGUUUGAUCAUUGUCUAUUGCAGUGUGAAGUGCUUGCAAUUUUGAGUUUUAUCUGGAUGUGCUCGUCUUUCUCAUUGAAUAACUAUGGUCAAGUGAUUAAUUUUAUUUGUAUAAAAAAGAAGGUAUUUACGUUUCUUUAUUUGUAAAUGUGUAAAUAAUAUUAGAAAGUAAAAAGUAAUAUAUUA